GUGUCAAGCACAACGAAGACUGGAGAGCUUCUCAUAAGUCUUUGAUCCCUCAAUCAAAGAGCAUAAAGUUUAGAGAGCUAAAGCUUUCAUUUUCUUCAAAAGCUACUUUCCCAUAAAAAAAACCUAAUUAGUUAAUCAUUACAAAACGCAUAAAGUUUCUGCAGAGAGUGUGAGUGACUGGUUCUUGUUAAUUUACUACAAAACAUUUACGGCGAUUGCAAACGAUGUGAGACGAUAGAAAGCGCCGUCAUUGAUAAAAAAUCAGUGAAACUAAAAAUUUUCAUUAGUCAUUAUCGCAAUUCUUUUCAUCCACACAAGUAUUCUACUAAUUUUAUAUGCAAAUUCUGUGGUGUCUUUAAACUAACUCUUGUCACCUUCUUGUGUGUGUGGAGUUGUGUGAAAAAUCAUGGGGAGUAUUGUAAGAUUUUCUACUACUUUUCGUUCAUCUUUUGCAGUUUUUCAUAAAUCACUGAAGGCUCUAACAGCUAAUAUCCAUUCCUCAGCCACAAUGUCCACCAAAAGCUCUGACAGCAUUUUCGACGAUAAGUACAUUUUCCCAGACUUCCCAAAGGGUCCUCUUACGGAGUACAGAGAUGCUGCAACGUUUGACUGGAAGAAAAUGAAAUUGAUCCUUGAGGAUGAAGAAAUGCUGCGAUAUCGUUAUGGAAUAUGGAAAUUCAUGGAGAGUCAUCCUCUAUUUGCUCAUCCAUCCGAGACCCUUCCUCUCGAUGAGCAUCGCCACAUUACGACCAAGAGACAAUUUAUGCUGCAUGAGAAGAAUUUCUUUACAAUGGACAAGUUUAUGGAGCGCCCGGAAACAGCUGCGGUGUUUGUAUCAUCUGUGAUUAUGUACGAACCUAGUGUUAAUGUUAAGUACGGCCUAGCAUUUACGAUGUUUGCAAAUGUGAUCCGUACUCUGGGCACGGAGCGCCUGCAGAAGUUUGUGGAUGCAAAUGAGAAGGGAGAAAUAACAGGAGCGUUUGCCCUCACUGAACUCUCUCAUGGAACGAACGCACGAGGGAUGCGUACUGAGGCCAGAUACGAUGAGAAGACGCAGGAAUUUGUUCUGCACACACCUGACUUUGAAGCCGCAAAAUUCUGGGUUGGGAAUCUCGGGAAAACCUGCACGCACGCCAUUGUCUACGCACAACUCUAUGCCAAUGGACAGAAUCACGGACUCAAUGCCUUUCUUGUGCCAAUUCGUGAUACAAAAACUCUCAAAACUCAUCCCGGAGUUAUUGCUGGUGAUCUUGGGGAGAAGAUUUCCCUCAAUGGGGUUGACAAUGGCUUUGUGAUGUUCCACAAGUAUAGAAUUCCGAGGGAAUUUCUCCUCUCCCGCAUAGGCGACGUUGACAAAGAUGGGAAGUUUGUGGCAAAGAUCAAGGAUUCGAAGAAGCGAAUGGGAGCCUCACUGGGAGCCCUUUCUGGCGGAAGAGUUAGCAUUUGUGGAAUGGCCAGUACCUACUUAACCAAAGCCAUUACAAUUGGCAUCCGCUACUCAGGGAGCCGCAAGCAAUUCGGUCCGGAAAACAGUGAUCAGGAAUUAUCUGUAAUUGAGUAUCAAUCCCAACAAUUUCGCCUCUUCCCACACUUGGCUACCGCCUAUGCCAUCAACAUCUUCUCAAUGUGGCUCUACAUGAGACACGCUGAAAACAUUAUCCGUGGCUUUAUGGGGGAAGAUGUGGCUGAUCGUGGAAUGGAGAUUCAUGCGCUGUCAUCGGCAGCUAAACCCGUUUGCUCGUGGUUUGCACGAGAUGGGAUUCAGGAGUGCCGAGAAGCAUGUGGUGGGCAUGGGUAUCUCAAAGUAGCACGGCUGGGUGACCUGAGGUCGGACAAUGAUGCCAAUUGUACGUACGAAGGGGAGAAUAAUGUUCUCGUUCAGCAAGCAUCCAAUUGGCUUCUCAAUGUUCGUCGUCAGGGUUGGGCUGCCUUCCGGGAAGCCUCCCCACUUAAUUCUGCAUCAUUCCUCGUGGACUUUGGUACAAUUAUCAAGCAGAGAUUUGCAUGGAAUACCCCAGAAGAGGCUAUUAAGCCGGAAAACCUUCUAACAGCGCUCAAUUGGUUGUGUGCAUGGCAACUGGAGAAGACAGCUAAACGCGUGGAAUCCCUGCAGAAGGAGAUGAAAUCUCCUUUUGAAGUUCGCAAUGACUCCCAGUCAUUUAACGCAACAACCCUGUCAAUUGUCUACGGGCAGAGGAUGAUCUUCUUUACCUUCUACAAUCGUAUCCUUGAGAUUGAUUCUCCACACGAACGUGAUGCCCUAAUGCGUCUUCUGCAGCUCUUCGGUGCUUCUCUCCUCACGCGACAUAUGGGAAUUCUCUAUCAAGGAGGUUUCGCUACGGGACACCUGGCAGCUGAACUUUACGAACAAGGCAUCCUAAAUCUCUUGCCGCACAUAAAGAACGACGCUGUGGGAUUUGUGGAUGCUCUAGCGCCUCCAGACUUUAUUCUCAACUCCCCACUAGGGGCCAGCAAUGGUCAAAUUUACAAAAACCUCUACACGACAAUCAUGCAAUCCCCACGUGCUCUUGAACGUCCCGAAUGGUGGAAGGAUGUUAUUCAUUGGAAGGACUACACUGAAAGCAGUAAAUUGUAAGCUUAUCAGGAGGGGGAGGAUGUUUUUUUUGUUUUCACGGAAAUUUAGGAAAAUACAGGGUUGAUUAGGAAAUUUUUAAUGAAAUUAGAGACAAAGAAAAUCUGGGUUUGAGCAGGUUGAAAGAAGAAAUUGAAAAUGAGGCCGGAAUUUUUAGACAUUCAAUUGAUUAGAAAUCAUUUUUAUCGUACCUAAAAGCAAGACAGAAAAACCCAAAAAAAAACCUUAAAAAAAAGGAUAAAUAAGACUGAAGAAGAACAACUUAAUUCAAUAAAAAGUAUAAACUUUCUGCUAGGCCCAGAAGUAACAAAUCACAUAUUAACCUAAAGUAUAGUUACCUAGAAUGUAUGUAGGAAGAAUCGUUGACUGUAGCAAUAAGAUGGUGCUUGUAAAAUAAUUAUUUUUUUAAAUAAAAAAAAGUUGAACCUGGAAUGGGGCAAAAAGACUCAAAGAGAGAAUGCAAAGUUCUCAUUUUCUUUUACUCUGAAUAUCCCUUUAUUUUUAUCUUGUAACUAUUUAUGUAUAUACCAUCACUAAGAUCACUAUAGAUUUCCCUAGAAUCUAAUACCUACCGC